ACAUAGAGCGUACGCCUAUUAUUUGAAGUUGGGAGUAUUUGAACGGGAAUAGGGAACAAACUGGUAACUAGGAAGUUUACGUGUACUUUGUUGACGUGGCCAAUUCCACCAACGCAGGUUCGCCGUUCGUAUUUUUAAGUGUGUCUUUAGUUUUUGUGUAGUUUAAAGGUCAGUACAAGAAUUUACAAUGCUGACAACACUAUACAUAUCACUGGCCAUAACGGCAGUAUUUGCCGGAGUCCCAAAUCCAGAGGACACAAAGAGGAUGAUGGACCACCUCUCUGAUGCAGAGCAUUAUAGGAACGAGCACCACAAUAAGCAGUUUGACCAUGAUGCCUUCCUUGGUGAGGAUCAGGCAAAGACGUUCGACCAGCUACCUCCUGAAGAGAGUAAAAGAAGAUUGGGGAUGAUCGUUGACGAAAUCGACUCUGACAAAGAUGGUUACGUGACGCCGGUAGAGUUGAAGGACUGGAUUAGGUAUACCCAGAAGAGGUAUAUAGAGGAAGAUGUGGAACGUCAUUGGAAACAGCAUAAUCCGGAGAACACUGAUGUUGUUACGUGGGAGGCGUACAGGAAAAAUGUGUACGGAUUCAUGGAUGAAAUGAGUCCAAAUGAAUUGAAAGCCAACACCGAAGGUUUCACAUACAGCAACCUGUUGAAAAGGGAUCGCAGGAGGUGGCAUUAUGCUGACGCUGAUCAAGAUGACGCACUGAACAGAACAGAAUUCGCAUCGUUCCUUCACCCAGAAGACCACACUGGCAUGCGAGAUGUAGUUGUUCUUGAGACUCUGGAGGAUAUUGACAAGGAUAAGGACGGCAAGGUAUCUCUAGAAGAGUACAUCGGAGACAUGUACAAGCCAGAGGAAGGCGAGAGCGUUGAUGAUGAACCAGACUGGGUGAAACAAGAGCGUGAACAGUUCACUGGAUAUCGGGACUUAAACAAAGACGGCUUCAUGGACGAGCACGAAGUAAAAGACUGGAUCGCACCGCCAGAAUUCGAUCACGCGGAAGCUGAAGCGAAGCAUUUAGUGUUCGAAGCGGAUUCAGACGCUGACGAGAAACUCACCAAAGAGGAAAUAUUAGACAAAUACGACCUCUUUGUCGGUUCUCAAGCCACGGACUUUGGUGAAGCGCUCGCGAGACACGACGAGUUUUAACAUUUUUUUUUAUUACAGCGCCAUCUAGCGGUUGGCAUUGACAACUUCAACUGUCAAAUUAAUGGCGCCAAUUUUUUAAAGUUAUAUUUUUUUCAACACGUGUCUUCAAAUUUAUGAUGUAUGUAAGCAAUACAAAUGUCGAAUAAUAUAUAUUGUUAAUGCUUUUUUUA